AAGAUCGCCGACUUGAAUUUACUGUUUCAAUAUAUUUAUUUAUCAAUGGGUUACGUGAAAAUCUCUGCAUAAAAUUUGCAAUAAAAAUACAAAAUAGAAGUAGAACUCAAAGAGCAAAGAAUAAAUGAAAUUGUGAAAAAGUACAACAAAUACCAGCUUACAAAGAAUAAAAAAAAGAACACAAAAGUGGAACAAAAUUAAUUUAAAUAACUUAAAAACCGAAAGUAGCAAAAAUCACUCACCUAUACGAAACGGAAUAUGUCAAGUGUUGAAACGGCAGAAGAAUUUCGAACGCGCUCCCAAAUCGAUCAGCCUUUCGAGACACAAUACAAUGGCUCCGCUGAAUUCAUACUUGUAACCGAUCAUCAAACACCAACAGAAGGGCGUAGCUUUGGCGAUUUCUGUGCGUCCAGUCUGAAGAAUGUCUUUCGCAAGAAGACACUUUACAAACGUUUGCCGAUCGUGGAAUGGCUGCCGCGAUACACACGGAGCGAUGCAAUCGGUGAUCUGAUAGCGGGCAUAACGGUCGGUUUGACGGUCAUUCCACAAGGUUUAGCCUACUCUGGCGUUGCUGGUCUGCCAACACAGUAUGGUCUUUAUGGCUCUUUUAUGGGAUGCUUUGUUUACGUUAUACUCGGUACGUGCAAGGACAGCACAGUCGGCUCGACAGCCAUUGCUUCGCUUAUGGUUUUCCAGUUCGCCAAUGGAGUGUGGCAACGCGCAGUUUUACUUACAUUUCUUACCGGCAUCAUAGAAAUUCUAAUGGCCAUCUUCCGUUUAAGUUUCAUCAUUGAGUUUGUUUCGGGUCCAGUGAGUGCCGGUUUUACGAGCGCUGUCGCAUUGAUCAUAUCUACUUCGCAGAUCAAAGAUAUCAUUGGCAUUAAAAAUGCGACUGGCACCACCUUUCUAGAGCGUUGGAUUAGCAUGAUCAAUGAUAUUGGGAGUAUACGCGUAGCCGAUACUAUUCUCGGCUGUAGUUGUGUUGCCAUUUUGAUAUUGAUGCGUUUCAUUGGACGCAUUAAGGUUGGUCCAAAAAGCGAACGCAAAUGGUACCAUACAGUAACGACUAAGUUGUUAUGGUUUGUGGGAGUAUCACGAAAUGCAACACUGGUAAUUGUGUGCGCCGCACUGAGCAUGUACCUGCAGCAACAGGGAAAAAAUUAUUUCCGGCUGACAGGUUUCAUACCACCGGGAUUGCCGGAAUUUGGUCCACCACCCUUCUCCAUUGAAGAAACACCAGCCAAUUCUACCACAGGUGAGCCAGCUGUCGAAGCUGAAUCUUUCAUGGAGAUGGUGAGUAAUAUAGGAUAUGGCCUGAUGAUCGUGCCACUCGUUGCAUUGCUGGAAAAUAUUGCCGUGUGUAAAGCCUUUGCUAAAGGAAAGCCUAUUGACGCAGCACAGGAGCUGAUCGCCAUGGGUGUUGCAAAUGUUGCCAAUUCAUUUUGUCAAGGUUACCGUGCCAACGGCGGUCUCGCCCGUUCGGCUGUAAAUAACGCCAGCGGCGUACGUACUCCACUUGCUAAUAUGUAUAUCGGUGCGGUUGUGGUCUUUGCUUUGAUAUAUUUAACGGAGUUCUUCUACUACAUUCCGAAAGCGGUUUUAGGUGCCAUUAUCAUGUCAGCCGUAAUCUUCCAACUCCAGUACCAUGUGAUCUUGCCGAUGUGGCGAAGUAAACGUAGCGAUUUGAUCCCAUGUUUUGUUGCUUUUAUUUCUUGUUUGGUUAUGCCUCUGGAGGUAGGCAUCCUUGUCGCCAUCGGCGUAAAUCUUCUAUUCAUUUUAUACCAUUCAGCACGACCGAAAGUACGCUUGGAGACGUUGGAGACUCACGAUGGCACCAAGUUUCUAAAACUUACACCAGAUCGUUGUCUCAUCUUUCCUUCCGUCGAAUUUGUACGCAAUCUUGUUUUAAAGUUCGGUAAUAAAACAACACUUCCUGUGGUGAUCGAUUGCACUUACAUCUAUGGUGCGGACUACACUGCUGCCAAGGUGAUCUCUUCCUUGAUUGAAGACUUCAAAAAUCGAAAUCAAAAACUUAUUUUCUAUAAUCUGAAACCAAAUGUUGUGCAAAUCUUUGAGGGCUUGCAAAUUAAUUUGCUAUUGUGCUACAAUACUGAUGCACUAACCUACGCGUUGAAGGAGAUGCAAAAUGGUGCGACGCCAAAAGUUGUCGAUCAUCCAUCCAGUGAUGUAGAAUCUGGAGUAGGGACUAGUACUGAGACCUUGAACUCAACAGUUAUUUCGGAUGCGCCGGGUAAUACGACCACUGAUAAUUUAUCGAGAUUGUAAAUAUUUUUGUGCUCAUAUACAUAUAUACAUAUAUAUAUGAAAUAGAUGCUAGUUUUCUUGUCAAACGUGUUCCUAUGUAUAGAAAUGUAUGUAUUGAACGAAUAAAAAUGUAGCUUUAAUAA